AAUUUAAGUAACAUAACGGAAAUGAAAAAGGGCUUUGGACUUGACGAUUUGAUAUAUAAAUAUAUUGAUAAGAAGAAGGAUUACCCAACUACUGCAACAAAAAGCUCUGCUACUUCUAAAAACGUUUAUGCUAAGAGGGUCGAGAUUAAGAAUUUAUUUAAAAAUCAAGUUGAAGAUCGCUUGAAAGAGUCAAGUACUCUUUCAACCAAGCCUUUAAGAAAUGUGAAUAAUAAUGGAAAUAGUAUCUUAAGCUCAAAAGCUAGUUUACACUCUAGUGUUAAUCGUCCUUCUCAGUCUAAAACAGCCAGUUCUUAUAAAUCAAAAGUGAACAGCUUGAAGUCGAAAUUGGAAAAUUUUAACACUGAGAGACCAAGAAGGCCUAUUUCUCCUUACAAAAGUCCAAUUAAGAAUAAGGAAAGCUUGAUGUCAUCAUCGAGAUUAAGUGCAAGUGUGUGGAGUCCUUCGCCUGUUAAGAAUUUUCAAACAGAAAGAGUUGAAAUAGGGUCAUCAAUCGAGAAGGUGAUUCCUAUCGAAAGUAUUCAUCAUCUAACAAGAUAUAUCAGAGGAGGGAGGUCUAACUUAUCUCAUGAAUACCAGAAAGCUCUUGUUGAGCUCUCCAAAGCAGUAAAACAGAGCAGUGAGCUCACUUUAAGACCUCUGAAUUUGUAAGUCCUUCAAUUUUCAAUAAAUGGAAUGCCA